GCGCCAGGGUGCUGGGCCGGGAGGAGGGAGCGGAAGUGCUGCCAUCCCGAGGAGCGGUCAGGGGUCUGCGGUCGGAUCCCUGGACACGUGCCAUGGAGGGGUCUAGCGAACCGCUCUUGGAUGCUAAGACCAAGGUCACCAACCAGCUUGUCGAUUUUCAGUGGAAACUGGGGAUGGCUGUGAGCUCCGACAGCUGCAGGUCUCUCAAGUACCCCUAUGUCGCGGUGAUGCUGAAAGUGGCGGAUCAGUCGGGCCAAGUAAAGAGCAAGUCUUUUGAAAUGACCAUUCCACAGUUUCAGAAUUUCUACAGACAGUUCAAGGAAAUUGCUGCAAUUAUUGAAACUGUGUGAACACAGAGCACUUGGUUGAAAAAUUGCUGCCAGAGUUCUAAAAUUAUGGACUUCACUUUCUGCAAUGUAACUGUAUGCGGAUCAGAUGAUAUUUAUUGAAAGAAUUACACUUUUGUUUUUCCCUUUUUUAAAUAAAAACAUUAGACAAACAGGAAUUAGGUAAGAGGUGAUCAAUGUAGUUAUCAAUGUGAAUAUACUAAAAGCCACCAAAUUGAACACUUUAAAGGGGGAACUCAGUGAAUUACAUCUCCAUAAAUAAAUAAAACAAGUGAAUGAUUGAAAAUAUGGAAAAGGAUGACAUUUCCUUAUAAAUCCAGUGUUAUAACAUUCCAUUACUACAGAAGCAAUCCGCGAGAAGAGUGAGGCUGCUCUUCUCAAACACUUGAAAUCAGGGUAGGAUUGACCAUUGUUUCCUUAUGUUAGCCAAGCAUUCAGUUGUUUCUGUUUUUCAUAUUUACAGAAAGUUCCAAUACAUGCACAGAGAAAGAAAGAUGAGUUUUAUUCUGAGUUCUGUAUUCAACUGAGUUAACCUGUUAGCACAAGUUAUUGUUUUACAUGAUCUCCAUUGAAUUUAAAUUUACAAAACACUUGUUAAAAUAUUUUAUCAUUUUUUAUGGU